AUGAGUGCCUGGCCGUUGACCCUCGCCAGCGCAAUGUUCUCUGCCGCUGUUGUGGUUGCCGCGCUGCUGCCGCCGUUGUGCGCCGUGGCGCGUGCACCGGCUCCGGCAGCUACCCAGGGGGGGAGUGGCUGCACCACCCACUGCGGCAACAUCAGCAUCCCGUACCCGUUCGGGGUGGAGCCUGGCUGCUACCACGAGAGCGGCUUCAACCUCACCUGCAACCAGUCCUACAGCCCGCCCCAUCUCUUCCUCGGCGACGGCACCGUACAGGUGCUCGACAUCGAUCUGCCCAACGGCACGGUGCGUAUCAACAGCACCUCGCUGGAUAUCCUCUAUGACGACAUCGGAAACGUAAGCCGCCUCACAUGGCGCGCCGGCGGCCUGGGAUACGCCGGCGACGGGCCAUACUUUGUUGCCGGAGCAGGGCAGAACAACUUAGUAGCACUCGGAUGCGGCGUCCAAGUCAUCCUCUUGGGACAGAACAACACCCUUGUCAGCUCUUGCUCUCCUUUCUGCCCGGGCACAGGUUACAUGGAUAUGGGGACCUGCUCCGGCAUCAGCUGCUGCCAGGCAGCCAUACUUGAGGAUCGCGCUUCCUACGGACUCCAGGUUCAACGGGUUGGUUUCGGUGAUUAUAGAUACCGGGUCAAUGUGUUAAUUGUGGAAUCGGACUAUUUGCUUAACUUGACGGAGUAUUCUUAUCAAAAUAACGCGUACACAGCCCCCACAAUGUGACCUGGGCGAUCAACAGAUCGAUAUGUGAUACCAGUGGGUCGUCGCCUUCGUGCCGCAGUGAUCACAGUUUCUGCCAAAACUACACCACAGUUUUUGAUCAAGGUCUUCUUUAUGGUUAUGAGGACGAUGGUGAUCCUGGUGAUCAUCAACGGCAUAACUGCAGUAAUACAAAUCAUCAAAGCCACUAGAUCUAGAAGCUCACUCCACCAAGAGGUAUCCGAUCUGGACCUUGAGAGCCUCCACCAUGCAAUAUCAACGAAUGUGAUUAUCCAGACAUCUAUCCAUGUUACGGCAAUUGCAGAAACACACACGGAGAAUAUGAUUGUCAGUGCCCUCCUGGCUUCAUGGGCAAUGCUUCUACACCAAAUGGAUGUGAAGACAUUGACGAAUGUAAACACAAGGAAACAUAUCCAUGUUAUGGAAUCUGCAUCAAUUUGCCUGGGACAUUCCAUUGCCGGUGUCAAGAUGUUGCCCGAAAUUAACAACUUUGUAUUUUCGUCUAUGAUACCAUAUUUUACAGGUUUGGGCAUAGGUCUUGUGGCUAGUGGCAGCUCAAUCAUUUUACUUUUAGUGCUCGCCACCCCAUUUAUAGCACGCAAAAUGAAGUUAAAUAGGGCAAACAAACUGAAAAGAAGAUUGUUCAAGCAAAAUCAUGGGUUGCUAUUGCAACAACUAAUAUCCCAGAAAACAGAUUUUGGUGAAAGGAUGAUCAUUCCUUUGUUGGAUCUAGAGAAGGCCACAAACAAUUUUGAUAGAACUCGUGAGGCUGGCGGCGGAGGCCAUGGUGUUGUGUAUAAAGGAAUUUUAGACCUACAGGUUGUCGCCAUCAAGAAAUCCAAGAUCGUCGUACAGAGAGAAAUCGAUGACUUCAUAAACGAGGUUGCAAUUCUUUCCCAAAUCAACCAUAGAAAUGUUGUUAAGCUAAUCGGAUGUUGUCUUGAGACAGAAGUCCCAUUACUAGUUUAUGAGUUCAUUUCAAAUGGUACUCUUGAUCACCAUCUUCAUGUUGAAGGCCCAAUGUCACUGUCAUGGGAUGAUCGAACAAGGAUUGCGCUUGAAGUUGCUAGAGCUCUUUCUUAUCUCCAUUCUGCUGCUUCGAUGCCAAUUUAUCACAGGGAUAUUAAAUCAACCAACAUACUUCUUGAUGAUAAUUUGACAGCAAAGGUAUCAGACUUUGGAGCUUCAAGAUACAUCCCAAUCGACCAAACCGGGGUGACUACAGCCGUGCAAGGAACGAUAGAACUCCUAACUAGAAGAAAACCAUGCCUCUACCGUAGUGGUGGCAACGACGGUGUUAGUCUCGUUUCACAUUUUGUUUCACUACUCGCAGAAGGCAACCUUGAUGAGAUAAUAGAUCCUCAACUCAUAGAAGAGGAAAAUGGGGAAGUCCAGGAGGUAGCUAUGCUAGCAGCGAUGUGCAUUAAAUUGAAGGGAGAAGAGCGGCCUACCAUGAGGGAAGUGGAGAUGAAACUUGAAAUUCUGAGAGUUAACAUGCGUGCGGCACCUGAUACUGCUGCACCAAGGAGAUAUGAUGGAGGUCAAGAUGGAUCUCUAUGGAUGCCAGCUGAAGGAGUUGUUGUGGAAGCAAGCAGGCAAUACACUAUGGAGGAAGAAAUAUUAUUGUCUGCAAGUUAUCCUCGAUGA